CUUCCUUCCGGUUGGCUCCCGCCCCACGUAGCCAUUUUGCGUUUCCUGGACAAAAAAAGGGGUUAGAUGGAAAGACAAUCAGGCACGGCGUAAAAUACAGUCUGGAAAUUAUACAGAUAAUCAUACGUUUGGAUGUAACACUGCAAUAUGAUAGAAGCGGGAGCGGGCGAGCAGUUACACCAGCCGCGGCCCGUGUUAAAAGUGCAAACAGAUAGCUAACUCGCUAACGAACCGUUAGCGAAAGAUAAAGAGUUCAUAGACAUUCAUGAGUUUCAGGACAUUUAUAGUUAUUUAAUUCAGCACUGUUGCGCGCUCUGAGGCGGACGUUGAUAGAAUUAUGGACGGUUUGUUGGUCUGAAACGUCGUUGCGGCAACAACAAACGUCGCGGUUAUUUGCGGAGAAAGCCGGAUAACCGUUUAUUCGCAGGGUAUAAAGAAGAGGAUCGCGGCACGCCACGGAGUCAGUCAUGCCUGCCAGUGUGCGUACUGGAACCCUAAAGGACUCAGAGGUGGCUGAGCUCUUCUACAGAGAUGAUCCUGAGAAACUCUUCACUGAUCUCAGAGAGAUCGGGCAUGGCAGCUUCGGGGCCGUGUACUUCGCUCACGAUGUACGUUCCAAUGAAGUGGUGGCCAUCAAGAAGAUGUCAUUCAGUGGCAAGCAGUCUAAUGAGAAAUGGCAGGACAUCAUAAAAGAGGUGAAGUUCCUACAGAAGCUCAGACACCCCAAUACCAUUGAAUAUAAAGGGUGCUACCUCAGAGAGCACACGGCAUGGCUGGUGAUGGAAUACUGUUUAGGAUCAGCCUCUGAUCUUUUAGAGGUGCAUAAGAAGCCUCUACAAGAGGUGGAAAUAGCUGCUAUUACCCAUGGUGCACUACAGGGCCUCGCCUACCUUCACUCUCAUAACAUGAUACACAGAGAUGUGAAGGCAGGUAAUAUACUGCUGUCUGAGCCUGGUCAGGUCAAGCUUGGAGAUUUUGGCUCCGCCUCUAUCGUUUCUCCCGCCAACUCUUUUGUGGGCACUCCAUACUGGAUGGCUCCUGAAGUGAUCCUGGCCAUGGACGAGGGGCAGUAUGACGGGAAGGCGGACGUCUGGUCUCUAGGCAUCACCUGUAUUGAACUAGCUGAAAGGAAGCCACCCUUGUUCAAUAUGAAUGCAAUGAGUGCCUUAUACCAUAUUGCGCAAAAUGAAAGCCCUGUCCUGUCAUCAAACCACUGGUCGGACUACUUCCGUAACUUUGUGGACUCUUGUCUUCAAAAGAUCCCUCAGGACAGGCCUACCUCAGAUGUGCUGCUCAAUCACCAUUUUGUGGGUCGAGAGCGACCCCAUUCUGUAGUGAUGGAUCUGAUCACUCGCACCAAAGAUGCUGUGCGAGAGUUGGACAACCUGCAGUACAGGAAAAUGAAAAAGAUCCUCUUUCAGGAAACUCACAAUGGCCCUACACAAGAGGGAGGAGAGGAAGAAGAGGAAGCAGAGCCAUACCUCUUGCAGACGGGCACUGUGAACAGUAUGGAGAGCUCUCAGUCUGUGCCGUCUAUGUCCAUAAGCGCCAGCUCUCAGAGUUCGUCGGUCAACAGUUUGGCUGACGGUUCGGACGACAGUGCAGAGAUGGCCAUGAUGCAGGAGGGAGAACAGACUGUUACCUCUAAUAGCUCCAUCAUUCACCGUCCCACUGCUCGUGAUAACAUCUACGACGACCCCUAUCAGCCCGAGAUGGAGUCGCAGCAGCCGCCAUCGUCGGCCGCCCGGAGGAGGGUGCAACGGAACCGAGAUCAUUUUGCAACCAUCCGCACGGCCUCUCUGGUUACCCGUCAGAUACAGGAGCAUGAACAAGGUUCAGCUCUAAGGGAGCAGAUGUCUGGAUACAAGCGCAUGAGGAGACAGCACCAGAAACAACUUCUGGCUUUAGAGAACAAACUCAAAUCUGAGAUGGACGAGCACCAGCUCAGACUGGACAAAGAGCUGGAGACUCAGAGAAACAACUUUGGCGGUGAAGCUGACAAGCUGAGUAAGAAACACCAGGCCAUCCUAGAAAAAGAGAUCAAAGCUGCUCAGACAGAAGAGAAGAAGUUUCAGCAGCACAUACUGAACCAGCAGAAGAAAGAACUCAGCAGCCUUCUGGAUUCACAAAAACGACAGUACAGGCAACGCAAGGACCAGCUUAAAGAGGAGCUGAGUGAGAACCAGUCCACACCGAAGCGAGAGAAGCAGGAAUGGUUGGUGCGUCAGAAAGAGUGCAUGCAGCAGGUCCAGGCUGAGGAGGAGGCAGGGUUGUUACGGCGACAGAGGCAGUAUUACGAGCUCCAGUGCCGACAGUACAAGAGGAAGAUGCUUCUGGCGAGGCACAAUCUGGAACAGGACCUGCUCAGAGAGGACCUAAACAAGCGUCAGACCCAGAAGGAUCUGGAGUGUGCAAUGUUGUUGAGACAUCAUGAGACCACUCAGGAGCUGGAGUUCAGGCAGCUGGGGCUUGUUCAGCACACUCGGGCCGAACUCAUCCGCACUCAGCACCAGAGCGAGUUGGCCAAUCAGAUGGAGUACAAUAAGCGACGUGAGCAGGAACUACGCCAGAAACACGCCGUGGAGGUCCGCCAGCAACCCAAGAGCCUAAAGACGAAAGAGCUGCAGAUAAAGCGUCACUUCCAAGACACCUGCAAGAUUCAGACCAGGCAGUACAAAGCCCUAAGAAACCACCUGCUGGAGACCACGCCCAAAUCGGAGCAUAAAAACGUGCUGAAGAGACUCAAAGAGGAGCAGACGCGUAAACUGGCCAUCCUGGCUGAGCAAUACGACCAUUCCAUCAAAGAUAUGCUGUCCACACAGGCUGUGAGUAAGUUGCGAUUGGAUGAGACGCAGGAGGACGAGUACAGAGCGCUUCGCAUGCAGCUGCAGCAGGAGUUGGAGCUCCUGAACGCAUAUCAAAGCAAAAUUAAGAUGCACACAGACACACAACACGAGCGAGAGGUCAAAGACUUGGAGCAGAGGGUGUCUAUACGAAGAGCUCUUCUUGAACAAAGGAUCGAGGAGGAAAUGUUAUCCCUCCAGAAUGAGCGUUCGGAGCGGAUCCGGGCUCUGCUUGAGCAUCAAGCUCGAGAAAUCGAGUCCUUCGACUCGGAAAGCAUGCGUCUGGGCUUUAGCAACAUGGCUUUAAGUGGAAUACCUGCUGAGGCCUACAAUCAAGGUUACUCCAACCCUCCUUCCUCGGGGUCCGGUGGCUGGCCAUCCCGUCCCGUGCCACGCUCGGGCAGCCAGUGGAGUCACGGCGUCCAAAAUUCUGCCGCGCCGCCAUCCUGGCGAAGUCAGAACAGCACAGCCGGGUUCAGCCGAGCGGACCACAUCUCCGUCCGCGAGAGAGAACGUGAGAGGGAUUUGGAUGGAAUGGGCGCCCGUGGCCAUCCCGGCUCUCGCUCUUCUGCGUCAUCGUCGUCGUCUUCGUCGUCAUCACAUCAUCAUCAACUUCGCUACGUGCCACAACAGUACCACCACCAGAGCACACCACACCUUUACCGGGAUACCAGAGAGAGAGAGUGGGGUGCUGGUGGUGGUGGAGGUGGAGGAGGAGGAAGUAGUGGGGGAAGUGGGGGGAGUCAUCACUCAUCUUCAUCUCAUGGCCACUCGCACCACUUCUCCUCCCAUGCCUCAUCUCAGUCCCUGGCGCUUCUCCCACCACCUCCUCCUCCCCCGCCCAUUUCGUUUUCCUCCUCCUCUCCACAAUCCUCCUCCUCCUCAUCUUCCUCUCAGAGUGGCUACGGAGGAAGGGUCGAGGGGUUGGCUGUGAGAGGCCCCAAUCUGCUGGCCCUCAGGAACAGUCCAGGACCUCUUCGGAGGACCGCGUCGGGUGGAGGCGGCGGGUCAGGUGGAGACGGAGGUUUAAGUCGGAGUACAUCAGUGACGUCACACAUCUCCAACGGAUCCCACCUUUCUUACUCAUAGAGGGGUCUCAAAAAGGGAUAUGCAGGUGCAGUUUAGCAUAUUUCUGAGGGGUGUGUUAGAAUUUAACGUGUGCUUUACCUUCAGAGAUUAAGUUAGAGAAACAAUACUCGGGUAAAGGAAAAAUCUUAAUUCUAGGUCAAGAAUUGACCAGAGAGGCACAGAUGAGGACCACUUCAAACCAUUUCUAGAUGGAAACACCUGUACUUACAAAAAGAUCGAUCUCAGGGUUACCAAGGAAUUAGGAUUUGGGAGGGCUCAGGGUUUAGAUCAAGAGAGGAAGAUAACAAAGUACUGUAAAUGAAAAGAAAGGCUUACUGUUGAGUAUGUUUGACAGAAGGGAUUCAAAUAAUAUAAGUGGUGCCAAUACUGUAGAUCGGACUCAUUGUCUGCUGGUUCGUUUUUCCUUUCGCUUUGAAACUCUUUGAGUUCUGCACUUUUUAAGCUUGCACAUAAUACUUUUUCAUUUAGAUUUUAAUACUUAAAGACCGUGCUUCCAGAUGUUGUAUUGGGAUUUGUCCUGUAUCGCAUAAAGCUAAAUUCAGACUUUAUUCUUAGAGGAAUUGUUUGCCCAAAAUUAUAUUGUUAUUGUUUACUCACCCUCAUGUUUUGAAGCCAUAUGAUGCUUUAAGCAUUUUUUCUUAUCCAGCAUUUUUUUAUUGGUUUUAGUUGGUCACUAUAUUAAUUGUUGUUUUAUGGUAGUGGUACAGAUUUUAAAUACUUCCUUUUAUGUUCCAUAGGAUGUAAAACAGCAUAUGGGUUCUGAACAUUAACUAGGUGAAUGAAUAAUAAUAACAAAAUCUUUUUAGUCUCCGAGCAUUUGUGAGCCAGUAGAUGAUGAGUCCGACUAAUGUCAGUUUUACUGCUAUUCAGGGCAGAGAGAUUUGAGUCGGAUGCAAUAGAAAGGUGCUGUAGCAUGUGCAGAAACUUGUUUCAGGGAGAAGAGAUGUAAACUGAGGAAACCGCAAAGGGCGAAUUUUUGUAAUUAUGUAGAUAUAACUAAAACAAUACUAAAAGAACAUCUAUCAGUAAGGGUUUUUAAACUGUACAUUUGUAAUUGAGACUGGCAGGUUUUUAUUUCCAAGUUAUUUUGUAUUCUGUACGUUUCCUUUUUUUUUAGACGAUGCCACAUGUCAUACUGCCAUCUAGAGGCUCAGCUAAACUAAGGCAACUCCGCCCCACUGUCCUUAUAAGGGCAUGCUGCCAUUCAGUUGCAGUUGGUUUUAACUGGGCUACAAUUCAGUUAUUAGUUUUAAGAUUAAACCUGGCUUGGUGAAUAAGCCAUCUCCUUGACACUAUAAAUGCAGACUGUGUAAAUAUGAUGUACAUGUAGGGGAGUUGAGUUACAAAUAAAUGCAUGAAACUGAUGUACAGAGACCAUUUGUGUACAAACAUACACGACAGGCAUUUAUAAAUGAGUAAAUAUGUGUAUAGUGUCAAAGGUUUUACAGGAAAGUCAUAUGAUUGUUUCUUGUUUACCGCUUUUGAUCUAUAUUGUACUUAAACAAUCCGUGUGUAUAUACAAGCACUAACUCCUGUAUAGGUUAAUAAUAAUUUUGCUAUGUGAAUUGGAAGGUGAGACGGAAAAAAGACGAUUAUUAUUACACCUACUACUGCCGCUGUAAUAUUUUCGUUGUACACUAAUUUUUUUCUACUUUAUCCUCCUUUUUGUUUUAAUCGAUGCUUACAACUAGGCUGGAAACGUUGGCAGUGUCAGUAAAAGUCUCAUUUUAGUCCAAAAAUAAAAAGACUACCUAUCCCAGCAUUCCUUGUGUUACAUCAGGGUAGGAGUCUGUUGUGCAGUGAUCUGUCAGGAGAGUAGUAUUUUAGAUCCAGUAUUAAACUUGUACAAAGCAUUUUAAAAGAAAAUUUUAGCUGUAUAGACAAUUUCUAGGCAAGUGUCUCGAACAACCCCCUCCAAUCCAGCAACUUUCUUCCUCCAUUUUAUGCCGGAAUGCAUUUUUUUUUUUUUAGGUAUUAAAUCACUACAAGAAUGGACGAAAGCUACACAAGCUGUUUACAAUCGAAAUCUCAGCGUGGUGAUAGAUUAGGCAGGUAUUGCCAACGAUAUUGUGUUCCUUAUUUGUGUUCCCACACUGCCAGCUCUGUUAAAACACCAGCGUUCACUAGGACCGUCUAUCUCGUUCUCCGUACCCAAGGAGAUACCUCAUUUCCCUGUACCUCUCGCUCCAUUUCAGUGUUCACAUUCUCUAUCAUUCCCAAGCUCCCUUUUAUUUUUGCUCCUUUUUCCAGCAUUCCCAUGUUAUUUGUCCUUAAUAGGUUACUAGCAUUUACGGACAAAGUAGGGGGAUGAAUAUACACCUCGGCCCACCUGUAGCUCUGGGCCACCAUGUAAUGUGUUUACAGCAAGACAUGCUGGAUUCUUCCUAGUGUAUCCUCUUGAGAGGGGUUGCGUUAUAAGAGGUAUGAAAUGGAUUGCGUCCUACAGUGUUUGAAAGAUUGGAGCCAUGAGGGUGGAGGUGAAACUGUGAUUGAAAGAUUUUGUUUGUGAAAAAAUGUAUUUCAAGAUUGAAAUGUGAUGUUUGAAAGGCUGAUGGAGAGAACGGUUGUUCAGAACUGUAGGCUCACAAAAAAAGGACUAAUUACAUUCAGGUGAAACGAAUACUGGCGGUCUCACGUGAUAAAGGACUUGUACAGUAAUGGAUUAACAGGUUAUUAAAAAGGAUACAAAAAUGA